AGAGAAGGGGCCAGCGUCAUUGAGAGAUAGGAGUCCGAAUGAGUGAGCGUGCAUUUGAGAGUGCAGAAAGAGCUGUAAACAUUUUAGCCCGGAGGCUGGAUGGGAGGAGGGAUUUCCCUGACUUUGUGCCUUUUUCAAACUUUUUGUGCACUUGGAGCUGCACUCUGUGUCUUUCUCUGUCUGUGUAUAUGUGCGAGGUACAGGCAGGGGCUAUGCAAAGUGAGAGAAGUUGGAAGCAGGGGUAGGGGUGUACAAACCGUGGAAGAGAGAGAGGGGGAAAAAGGCAAACUACUCUGAAGGAAAGGAACCAUGCAAGUGGAUGCUGUCUUCUGCGGAGUCAGGUUACGCAAAAUGAGAAACUACUCCAAGAGCUCUUCAUCAGGGCUCACCCACCUCAGAAAGAAAAGUGACAGCAGGGCUUUAGGAGGUUACAGCCCAUCCACCCCUCCUCUUACAGGAACUGGCUUUUGACAGGCACUCUGCAGGGCGGCCUGCAACUUAAAGACCCCACCGGGCCAAUCUCCUGCCGUCCCCGAGCUGCUGUUGUUGCCAUGGUGACACGCUCAGAAAGAAUGUGUCCUGUGGUGAUGGUGAAAGAAAUCCUCUUGUUUCAAAGAUAUGGUGGAUGCCAGCUGCUAGCACCAUGACCGGUGGGAGGGCCCUGCUGCUCUGUACAAACACUGACAACUGUAUAUACCAAUCAGUCAACAGGCUCCAGUGCUGUGGCUUAAAGGUUGGGGAGGCUCCGUCGUCUGCGGUGCCCCAGUGCCAAGAGGUGUGCGGGUCACCAGGGGACAGAGACAGGAGGGACACUGCUGUGUCCACCAAGCGUCCCCUCUCCCCCUUACUCAGCUUGAGCGACAGCCUGGGUCCUCCUGACACCAUGCUGGCUCACAGGAGAGCCACCACCACCACCGACCCGCGGACUCCCAAUAUGGAGAAUGGGCUGUGUGGCAAGCUGAACCACACAAGACAACAAGACAACAAGAGUCCAUCGGGAGUCAAGACGGCCAGCAUCCGCGAUAAGAUCUCACAAUGGGAGGGCAAAAAGGAGCCUGCCCCACUAACUUCUACAGGGACAUGUCCACUGAGUACAACGCAGAAGGAAGUUGAGACAGUGAGGAAAAAGGAAUCCAAAGCUUCAGAGGUCCAAAGGACAGAUAGCAAGAGGUUUGUCAGCUGGGACAGACAAGACUCAGGGAAGGAGAAUGUUGGAAAGCUGGGGGAUUCGAGGCCUAAAUCUCCAGAAGGCCCAGCAAACAAGGACAGAGAAGUGAUCCUAGAGAAGGGAUUUCGGACUUCCAAGCCAGCAGAACAACCCCAAGACAAGAAAAGUGUUUUAACUCAUGUUAAGAAACUAGAGAAGGCAACAAAGGAGGUUCCAGACAGACCUUCACUGGCAUUUCCAGGGAAUUAUUUCUGUCCUCCUUCAAAGGAGGAGCUGGAGGAAACAGAAAAGAGGGCCAACGAGCCCAUUUUUGGGACUUUUGACGUGGCUCAGCCUGGCGGGUCGCGGAGGAGGAGGGAGGGGGAUCCAGAGAACGUAUACAGUGAGCCAGGUGCUCCGUCUAUAAACCCUCUACCUAAACCUCAGAGAACCUUCCAACACCACACACCCCCCACUACCCCAGCUUCAGGGCCUGGCUCGGGGAAGGGAAGAAGGAACUUGCCCCCUUUGCCCUCCAUUCCUCCUCCACCUUUACCCACGUGCCCACCACCUGGAGUUUGCAGGAGACCCUGGGCUGACAAACCCCGGGACAGCAGUAACAGGAAGUCCUAUGAAUUUGAGGAUCUGCUCCAGUCGUCUACAGAAAGCUGCAGGGUGGACUGGUAUGCUCAGUCCAGACUGGGCCUAACACGCGCUUUAUCAGAAGAGAAUGUCUACGAGGACAUAAUAGAUCCUCCAUCCAGGGAGAACCCCUAUGAAGAUAUAGAACUGGAGAGAAGUUGUUUAGGAAGCAAAUGUGUUUCACCUGCCUCCUCAUCUCCUGUCCCUGAUACGCCAACUAAGCUCUCCUCCAAGCCUGGCUUCUUCAGACAAAAUUCAGAACGGCGAAGCUUCAAGCUCCUGGAACUACGCAAGACAAGCAGGGACACUGGCAUCUCCUCUCCCUCCCGUAUCAGUCCCCCUCCACACCCAGCAGCCCCGACGACACCCCUGCCUCUCUGGAGACCCGUACAAUCGCAGACGGAGGAAAAUCCCAAGAUGGUGCUAAAAAUCAAUGGCAUCUUUGAGGCGCGGAGAGGGAAGAAACGCAUGAAGAGGGUGUCUCAGUCUACAGAGUCCAGCUCAGGGAGAGUGACAGAUGAGAACAGUGAGUCGGAAAGUGACACGGAGGAGAAACUGAAAGCUCACAGCCAGCGGCUGGUGUCAGUCCAGUCCAUGCUUAGGCAGACGGGGCGGUACCGGACCUUGGAGAGGGAUCUGAUGGAGUUGCAGGAGAGGAAACUCUUUGAGUAUUUCAUAGUUGUUGCACUCCACAAGACCAAAGCUGGAGUCCCAUACCUGCCAGAAGUCACACAGCAGUUCCCUCUGAAGCUUGAGAGGAGCUUUAAGUUCAUGCGGGAGGCUGAGGACCAGCUGAAGGUCAUCCCUCAGUUCUGUUUCCCUGACGCCAAAGACUGGGCGCCUGUUGAUAACUUCCCCAGUGAGACGUUCUCAUUUGUCCUGACUGGUGAGGAUGGAAGCAGGCGGUUCGGCUACUGUCGGAGAUUACUGCCCAGUGGUAAAGGCCGAAGGCUCCCUGAGGUCUACUGCAUUGUCAGCCGCCUGGGCUGCUUCGACCUCUUCUCCAAGAUCCUGGAUGAAGUGGAAAAGAGGAGGGCUAUCUCCCCUGCUCUGGUGCAGCCUUUUAUGAGAGGCAUAAUGGAAGCUCCCUUCCCUGCUCCUGGAAGGACCAUCACUGUCAAAAACUUCCUACCGGGCUCUGGGACAGAGGUGAUAGAGCUGUGUAGGCCGUCAGAUUCUCGUCUGGAACACGUGGACUUUGAAUGUCUCUUCUCUUCCUUGAGUCUACGUCUCCUUCUCCGAGUGUUUGCCUCUCUACUUCUGGAGCGCAGGGUCAUCUUCACUGCCGACAAACUCAGCACAUUGUCUCAGUGUUGUCAUGCAGUGGUGGCACUACUUUACCCCUUCACCUGGCAGCAUACGUACAUCCCUGUGCUCCCACCCUCCAUGUUGGAUAUUGUCUGCACCCCUACCCCCUUUAUAGUCGGCCUCCUCUCCAGCUCUCUGCCUCGACUCAAAGAGCUGCCCAUAGAAGAGGUCCUGGUUGUUGACCUCUGCAACAGUCGCUUCCUACGACAGCUGGAUGAUGAGGACUCCAUUCUUCCCCACAAGCUGCAGGCGGCUCUCGAGCAUGUGCUGGACAAGAGAAGGGAGCUGGCCUGUGAGAAAGGAGAUCUGCCCAAUGACUCCAACUCCCUUAGCACGGUGGUGUCAGAGGCCUUUGUGCGUUUCUUCGUGGAGAUGGUGGGUCACUACUCCCUCUUCAUGGGUGGAGCGGAGCGAGAGGAUGAGUCUGUCUCCUCCCCCACCUUGCCCAGCCCCUCUUCUUCCUCCUCCUCGUCUUUUCAGCGCGAGGCCUUUCGCAAAGCAGUCACAUCCAAGAGCUUGAGGAGGUUCUUGGAGGUGUUCAUGGAGACCCAGAUGUUCACUGGCUUCAUCCAGGAGAGGGAUCAGCGCAGGCAAGGCCUCAGAGGUCUAUUUGAGGUGAGAGCACAAGAGUAUCUGGACUCGCUGCCUGGGAGUGAGCAACGAGGAGUCAACAAAUUCCUCAAGGGUCUAGGAAACAAGAUGAAAUUCCUUUCCAAGAAAUGAUGCUUGGAAUCAUGGAUGUCAUCUGUGAAAGUAGGAUAAAGCAUGAAGCGGUGUGCAGUAAAAAAGAGGAAGACGUGCUCCUUGGACGUGGAGAACGUAGAGAUGGAGAUGUGUCAAGGAAGACUCUUGAAGUGAAUUAGACUCAUAGUUUGUGAACAUGAGGGAAUCUGGGGAAAGUUAGGGUUUAGUUCCUAGCUUCAUUAGCCAGUCAUUCCAUUAGUGUUGUGAAGGGUUUACUCAGCUUGGACCAAAACACCCCUCCAACACGAUAAAGCAAUGUCUAACAGUGUCUCGUUAGACUUUUCCCCAGGUUUUGUUGUUUUACCGAUUACAAUCAAUCCCUGCAGUGUAUUACUGUAUAGCACAGCACAGUGUAAAUGUUUUUAGGAACAGUGUCCUCCCUUUUCCGGUCACUGACUUAAACCUGUAAGAGGGAGCGUCACUGACAGUCCCAUUGUGUACAGUACUUUCCUAUGCAAUCCAUGUAUUUUCUAUAGAAGCUUUUAUAAAUACAAAUAGUACAACUUCUUCAUCAACAGGAGGCUUUUAAGUUAAUUUAUAUUCUUUUUAGAUAAACUUAAUCUCUUUUUUUUAUUUCCUUCAAAUCAGUGCAAAGAAAUCUCCUGUAGUUUGUAAUAGGCUUUAUUUAACAGAGUCUAGUCCAGACUGUUUGUAGAUCACUUUGGGUUGCUGGGUAAAUGUCCCACUGUUUUAAGUAAGUUAACUUUUAUUGGAAAAGGAAUGAGCACCAAAAAGAAAUCAAUGCAAAUACAUCUCUCACUUGCGUUUGAGUAUAGGGUUUGGAUAGACUCGAUGUUGAAGGAAGAUGUGUAUCUUAGGCCAAUCAGUAUCAAUGUGUUUCACAAAAGCAACUAUGUUUGCCUUAAACUUAAUUGAGAAUGCAAUGAAACUUUAUAAAUAAAAUGAUUUGAAUUUUUGAA